AUGUCCUCCAUCCCAGUGAGGAGGACAACGAGAGUAGUGCGUGCCACAAAAGACACUGAGAAUGCUAAUGCACGCCCAACGAGAGUGGCCGCGCGUUUGAAAACUGGGGUUUCCACUGCCGCUUCCGCGACUACCCGUGCCACAGCGUCGACCGCAGCAUCAAAGGCCAAGUCUGUGCUAGCCGAUGCGGGAAAAGAGGAGGGCGGCGUAAAGAGGAAGAGGGAAGCCUUGGUUGAAGUCACUGGUCUGGUUACCAACAAUAAACCAAAAGACUCCGCCGUAUCUGGUGCAAAAGGAAAGGAGGCGGAGAAAUCGAAAGAGCUCGCUGCAAAGACGAAGGGUGUCGUCAAAGCUCCAGUUAGGCGUUUGGUCGCUGGAGUAGCGACGAGGCGAACGGUCAAGGCUGCUGUAGAGUCCACGGCAGCGGUCACGACCUCGUCGAAGACAAGCACUCAACCCGCUGUUACGAGGAAAGCGUCUGUUGACCAUGGGGAGAAAAUGGUGGUUGAUCAACCUCGAAAGGUGACUCGCACCGCUGGAAUUGUCAAGGAAGAAGAUGAAGAAGCCACUCGAGUUUCAAAGAGGCGCCAUACCGAUGAAAUCACCAUCGCUAAACCAGUUCUUGACGACUCACAAGCCGAGGCGGACAAAAUCGCUGCUGAGCUUGAAGCUGCCGACGCCUCCAACGCCCCGCAACUAUGGGACGAUCUUGAUGCAGAAGACUGGGAUGAUCCUGUCAUGGUUAGUGAAUAUAUUGCGGAAACCUGUGUGUAUCUUAAGGAAAUUGAACUUGCGUGCAUGCCUGACCCUAAUUACAUGGAAAAGCAGGGGGAGAUGACAUGGGAGCAUCGGGGAAUUCUUAUUGAUUGGCUUCUCAUGAUUCACGCCAGAUUCAAUCUCGUUUCGGAGUCUCUCUUCCUCUGCGUCAACAUCCUUGAUCGGUUCUUGAGCCAACGCCCCAUUUCUAUUUCGAAGUUGCAGCUCGUUGGCAUUGCGUGCUUCUUCGUUGCGACAAAAUUCGAAGAAACUUACGCCCCCUCUGUGAAGGAGCUUGCCUACCUCGCCGACAACCAGUACACAAUUGAAGAAAUUCUCAAAGCGGAGAGGUAUCUUUUGAAAAUUCUUGACUAUGAUCUGAGAGCCCCAGGCCCAAUGACAUGGCUGCGCCGCGGUAGCAAGGCGGACGACUGUGAAGUCCGUGCUAGGACGAUUGCUAAAUAUUUAUUGGAAAUUGGCUUGGUUGAAAGGCGGUUGAUCGGUAUAGUACCUUCAUUGAUGUCGGCUGCGUCUCUCUGGCUUGCUAGGGUAUCUUUGGGACGUGAACAAUGGACUCCAAAUCUUGAGCAUUACACAACAUAUGGCGAGAAAGAUAUUCUGCCUAUUGCUAGCAUCCUUCUGGAAUAUAUUAUCACCAACCCAAUCCAGCACGAUUCUUUGUUCAAGAAAUACGCGCAUAAGCGUUUCUUCAGGGCCAGUGCUUACAUUCAGAGCUGGGCUUUAGAACUCUGGCCUGAAAAUGGAUCAGUCAACUUGGAAAAAGAUGUGGCUGAUAUCAAGGAAGAAUGCCAACGUGCAAGCCUGCGAAUCGAGGCAUAG